AUGCGGCGGCGGAUCUCACCGGAGCUGGGCGUGGAGGUGGCCGGAGAUGGUUGUGGAGGUCGCCGGCAAGGCGGGGGAAGCCAGAUCCGUUGCGGGCUCGCCGGAUCCGAAGAGGGCGACGGCGGGCGCGGCUCCGGCCGACCUCCAGCGGCGGACGCCGGCGGCGAGGUGCGGUGGUCAGCGGCGACGGCGGAGGGCAGGCGACGGCUCGGCAAGCGCGGGCGGCGCGGGGGUGCUGUCGGCGGCGAUGCGGGGGUGGGGGGCAACCCAGGCCGCGGCGAGCCGGCGGCGGGGCACGGUGUAGAGGCAGCGGCGCUGACACGUGGCGAGACGUUGUUUGCUGCGGGGCGUUGCGGACAUGUCCGGCGCGGGGUUGGACAUGUCCGUCGGCGCGAGAAGGAAGAUGGCUAG